CUGUGCCUUGUGGUCGAACGAGGGGAGGGUCGGUGCGGCGGGAGGGGUUUAUCCGGCAGUCAGCUGUGCUAGUGUCAUGUCGCGUUCGCGUUAUACCGAGUGCGCCGUGGGAAGUGGCCUAAAUUAAAUCCACUCCAUUGCUGUUGGCGAAUUUUAAAUCUGUACAGACUGCAGAUCAAUAAGUUAUGAGAACAAGUAUUUCAAAAUUCUAGUAAUUUUUGGAACAUCUGUGUAUGGUUUAGUUAGCCUUGGUGGACAUGGCUACACUCAUCCAGGAGAAUGGUAUUAAAGAACUGAGCAAAGCAACACAUGGAGUAGUCACAAACCAUGGCAUGUCCCGUUCACAUGGUAUAGCAAGUCACAUGGUCCCCGAUCAUGAGUACUGUGAGCCUAGUAAGCCCCAGGAGAUGCCACAGCAAUGUAUGGAAGCUGGCGAUGCAACAGCCCCACAUCCAACUCCUGCAGAGGAGGAGGAAGAAACACCUGAGAUAGACAUUAUGAUAAACAAUGUUGUGUGUAGUUUUAGUGUAAAGUGUCAUUUGAACUUGAGACAAAUUGCGUUGAACGGUGUGAAUGUAGAGUUUCGAAGGGAGAACGGUAUGGUGACAAUGAAGCUUCGUCGUCCGUAUACGACAGCAUCUAUCUGGUCUUCAGGGAGGGUCACAUGCACAGGGGCAACAAGUGAGGAGCAAGCUAAGAUUGCAGCCAGACGCUACGCGCGUGCACUACAAAAGCUUGGGUUCCAAACACGAUUUCGUAACUUCCGUGUCGUUAAUGUUUUGGGCACCUGUCGGAUGCCCUUCGGAAUAAGGAUAAUAGCAUUUUCCAAAAAAUACAAGGAGGCUGACUAUGAACCGGAGCUGCAUCCUGGAGUCACGUAUAAGUUGUACAAUCCAAAGGCAACUUUGAAAAUAUUCUCAACGGGUGGAGUUACUAUCACAGCGCGCAGCGUGAGCGACGUGCAGUCGGCCGUGGAGCGCAUCUUCCCGCUGGUGUACGAGUUUCGCAAGCCGCGAUCGGCCGCCGACGACGAACUGCUGCGCCAGAAGCGCGCCGCGCGCGAGCGGCUCACGGCGGCGCCCGCUCCCGCGCCGCGCGUCGACCGCGACCCGCUCGUGCUCGUCACGCUGUCGGACGACAACGACGACAACGACGCCUGGGAGUGACUCUUGGCAAGCAGUGACUAGCGGGCGACCCGGCCGGUUCAUGCCAAAGAUAUUUAUUACAGGCCGAGGCGGCGAGUGUGCACACGCAAACAUUUGUACUAACAGUCAGUCGCUCGGACGUCUUCCGAAUUGCCGACCGCUCGGACGAUAUCACCAGUAACCAGCAGUGCAGGGGACGUCCGCUCCCGACCAAUCACCGAGUGGAACUGGCGCUCCCGCUGCACAGUGCGUUCGCUAUAUGUGACAAUGAUUGUUAACACAUAAAUAAUUCAGACUAGACGUCAAGACACUACAGGUACCCUAAAACAAGCGCGUACACCUUACUAAAAGGCUGGCAACGCUCUUGUGAUUCCUCUGGUUGUUGCAAAGGGAUGUGGGCGGCGGAGAUUACUUAACACCGGAUGACCCGUCCACCCGUCUGUCCUCCUUUUGCAUAUAAGAACGAACUAGCUCAACUCUCGAACUAUGUCAUCGACUGACUGAACACUUUGUCGUUGAACCUCACCGAGGGGCAAGUCCUAUUAUUGAUUAUUUCGUCCGAGCGUGGAGCAAUUUGGAUGAUGCUUAAUAGUUACAAAAUUUGUAAUACAAAUUUGAUAAGCGUAGGUAUUGCGACAAGUAUGCAAGCUUCACUCAUAUAUACUAACCAGUUCAAUAUCAAAGUUGCUUCAUGAGAGGUGAAUGUAAUUUGCGUUGCAUUGAGUCGUUUUAGGUACAUAUUAAUAGUUAUUUAUGCAACUGUUAUGUAAUAAGGGGUAUUAAAACACGAAUGUGGGUUUAUUACACGAGACGAAGCCGAGUGUGAUAAUUGUUUCACAUGAGUUUCAUAAUACCUUGCAUACAAGACUACACCCAUAAUAUGAAUCCUCUAUAAAAUAUUAUCCAAACGAGUGUUGUAAUGAAAUUCAGUACAACAUUACAUCAUCCGUUUUCAUUACAACAAUCGUUUGGAUGAUGUAAUGUUUACUAGGACAGUGGGUGUUUUAAUGUUUGCAAAAAGGUAAUUGUUUUAGAAUCUUUUUAUAGACGAUUUAAAGCAUGAGUGUCGACAAAUUAUUAUUAACGCCGCCUCCAUCUUAAAGGCCGGUAACGCUCUUUUUUACCUCAAAGAGCUAGAUAACGACGCAACUACUAAAUGAAUACUGACCGUAUGCAUUCAGUAGCUGCCUGAACGUUUAUCCUACUAUUUCCACACAAAAUGAGUUCUCUGUAAAAGUAUUUUGCACCAACUCGAUAACUGAGUCAAUUCAUGUAUUAUCAUGUAUGUUUCCUAUGUUUAUUAUUUGGUAAUAAGAGCAAUACAUAUAAUUAUCUACUGCGGAAGUAAUGCAGUUUUUAGUGAUAACUGUGGUUUGAAACGGGUUUUUAUUGAGCUUAAUACUCUGUUUUCAUUCGAAUAUUCAAACAAUGAAUAGACUAGUCCAACCAAUUGUUGAUCACUUCAUCAUUUAUACUUCUAGAUAGACUGUGACAGAUGUCAUCACGUCGGAAAAAAAACGAACUGUUAGCCUCUCUUUCAUUUUAUUUUUAUUUUUCAACAACGCACACGCACUAAAACAAAGUGACUGACGUCAUGCAAAUAAAGUAAUAUAUCUGUCCUGUUGUCAUGCAUUGCCUAAUAGAAAGAGGCUAGACGUAUGAAGUAUGUAAGUGUGAUCAUUGUCGAUUAUAGUUAUUUAGAUGUACGUUUGAGUUCAUAUUUCGAUGCUUAACUGCGUGAUAAGUAUUUAGUAACCUUGCAAUAAUUGUAUAAAAGAAAUUCACAUAAAUUUAUGCAUAAAUACAACUGUCUUAGACAAUACUCAGUUAUUUUUUUAUUACAAAGUUUAGUACACAAUACAACGAGGAUGAUGAACCAUCUGUGCAGUUAUUGGUCGUCAGUUUGGUUUGGCCUACCAAAACAAGUUUAAUAUAAAUGUUAUUACUAAGUUAGGUUGGUUCAAUUUGUCUCAGAAUAAGUGUUAUAGUGACAAAAAUCGACAAAACAAGGUCAAUUUGUUACUUACACUAUUACGUAAUUUGCUAUAAUUCAUGAAAUUACUACAUGAAUUACCGCUAUGAACAUUUACCUUUUUCUUAUAUCCAUGGUGUAAUAGUUAAGUGUGGCCAGGCGAUAAUUCUGUAACUAUUACAGAUAUCAAAAAACUUUAAACUGAUUUCGAAAGUACAAAGUACGUUAACUAAUCAUUAAAAGGACAUCAAUAACUUUUUAAAAAUCAAACGAGAAGUAUCCAAAAUUAUGAUAUUAAAACACUUCCAUUUAGUAUGAGAUUAGUAUAUAUGUUUUAGUUUCCUUAUUACAAUGUUAUUUUAUCUUCGUACUGAUAUUAAAAGAAACUGUUUAUUAACCUAACAAAGUAAUAUAUAAGUAAGUUUUGUGUAAUACCUGUGAUUGUGUGUAAUAAUGUGACCUUUCUAACUAAUCUCAUACUAAAUGGAAGUGUUUAGUAUCAACAUUUAGGAUACUUCUCGUUUGAUUUUUAAAAAGUUAUUGAUGUCCUUUUAAUGAUUAGUUAACGUACUUUGUACUUUCGAAAUCAGUUUAAAGAUUUUUGAUAUCUGUAAUAGUUAUGGAAUGAUUAUCCGGCCACACUUAACUAGUACAUCCUGUAUGAGGCCUAAGAUUCAUUAUAGGCUUUAAGAUUUAUGUGUUACCAGAAUUGAAACAUGAGCUAAUGAAGUACAAAACCUUUCAGUUUCAUGUGACAACCACUUUUAUUUUUUAGUACUUUUAAAUUGUCCAACUGUUGAGAGUAUUAUAAUGAUUAUGUAUGUCUAAAGAAGUGAGGGCCAGUUGCGGUGCUUUAGGAGCCAUAUCUCAGAAUAACCAUUAUCAUAAUUAUAAGGAAUGUGUCGGGACAUCUGAUUAGAUUUAGACAAUGUACUUUUAUAUCAGUUCCUACGCUGGAAUGAACUUGCAAUAUCACUGCCGAGCAAUUAUUAAUUUUAUUUAAGGUUUUGUCAUUUAACUGGUAAAUCUAGUACUACAGAUAGCGUUGUAUACUAUCAAAUUAUUCGGUGUUUGUCAGCAUCUCUAGACUGAAUAAGAGCGAGACAUUUGCACUGAAUAGAUUUGCUCAUUCAUAAAAGCAAUAUAAAUGAGCUUCUUUUAUAGUGUGAAAUAUGUUUUUGUAUUAUUUAUAAUAACCAGCAUUUUUAUUGUAUUUUAUCUAUAUCUACGGUCGCGCGGUCAGUUUCAAUUUUAUAGAGCGAGUCAGAAAGUGUUCAUUUCGUAUGCAAGCGAGAGGGAUAGUUGGCAGAGGUCAAUGUCCGAAAUUGUUUCUGUUGCGCGACCGCAGUAAUGUAAAUCAGUUAUUUUAAAUUAACACAAGCAUGUCCGCCAGUAUUAAUAGUGUGCUUUUGUUCUCACGUUCAUCUCAGACACUCGCCGGCCCAGCCUUCGUCCCCACUUGUAUUACUUCGUGUGAUCGUCCUCUUACUACUAUUUCGUAUCGGGGAUCAAUUUACGAAACCGAAUGGUCGUAAUGAAUGUUGACAGUUAAUCUCUUAUCGAUACUCAAGUCUCGUUUAUUUCUCUUCUGCCGUUAUUAUGAUUAAAAUAUGAUUGGUAGUGAUAAUAGUGUUCACAAUAAUUAUUGUUCUUAAGAAAGUGAUGACUGAUUGAUUAGUUGUUAGUGAUUGUAAAUACCAAGCUUAGACAAUAUACGUUUCAAUAAUUUU